CGCAAAGCCAGCGCCUUUUUAUUGUUUUCUCCCAAUUCCGGCUUAUAUCUCUACUAAUCCAACAGAAGCAAUGGCUGAACACGGCUGGGACGCAGGAAAAGUAUUCACGCGCAGCGUCUAUAGCGGCGAGGAGGUCAAGGAGGACCACCAGCAGGUGCAGCAAUCGCUGUUUGACUUUAUUCAGAAUUUCCGCGACGACAAUGUGUUUGUCUACCGCGACCAGCUGCGGCGCAACCUGGCACUAGGCGACCCGGUGCUGGAUAUCAGCCUUCAGGACCUGGCUGGGUUUGACGAGUCGCUGUCACAAAAGCUGGUGAACAGUCCGCUCGAGAUCCUGCCUCUAUUUGAGCUGGCAGCGCGUAACAGCGCGCGCAAGAUCGUUGCGCCAAACACCGAGGGCCUGGAGGACGUGCCCGAGGUGCAAGUGACGGUUCGGUCGAACACGAACGUGGUGAACAUCCGCGAGCUGGGGUCGAGCUACAUCAGCAAGCUGGUGUGCGUGUCGGGGAUUGUCAUCGGAGCAUCGUCGCUGACGUCGAAGGCGACGCAAGUUCUGCUGCAGUGUCGCAACUGCCGCAACACCAAGAUGGUGGCAGUGGGCGGUGGAUUUGCGGGAGUGCAGAUUCCGCGCGUGUGCGACCGCGAGCAGAUGCCGGGGCAGAGCGACAAGUGCCCGCUGGACCCGUUCGAGAUUGUCACGGACAAGUGCCAGUUUGUUGACCAGCAGACCCUCAAGGUGCAGGAGGCGCCGGAUCUGAUCCCCGUGGGUGAGCUGCCGAGACACAUUGUCAUGAGCGCGGACCGCAGCCUGACCAACCGCGUGUUCCCGGGCUCGCGGGUAACCAUCACCGGCAUCUUCACUGUGUACCAGAGCAAGAACGUCAAAGGCACCAGCGCUGUGGCCAUCCGGCAGCCGUAUCCUGCCGGAAACAGCUUCACGAAGCGGAUAUUCACGCCCGAGGAGGAGCGCGAGAUGACGGCGCUGUCGCGCACGCCGGGCAUCUACGAAAAGUUUGCCAGCAGCAUAGCGCCGUCGAUUUAUGGCAACGAGGACAUUAAAAAGUCGAAUCGCAUGUCUGCUACGCUACCCGACGGGAUGCGGCUGCGUGGCGAUAUCAACGUGCUGAUGCUUGGUGACCCUGGAACAGCCAAGAGUCAGCUGCUCAAAUUUGUCGAGAAGGUGUCGCCGAUCUCAAUCUACACAUCGGGCAAGGGCAGCAGUGCGGCGGGUCUGACGGCGUCGGUGAUCAAGGAUCCAUCAACUCGCGAGUUCUAUCUGGAAGGCGGUGCCAUGGUACUGGCAGACGGCGGCGUGGUGUGCAUUGACGAGUUUGACAAGAUGCGCGAUGAGGACCGGGUGGCCAUCCACGAGGCAAUGGAGCAGCAGACGAUCUCCAUUGCCAAGGCUGGCAUCACGACGAUUCUCAAUGCGCGGUCGUCGGUGCUGGCAGCCGCCAACCCGCUGUUUGGGCGGUACGACGACAGCAAGGCGCCCGGGGAGAAUAUCGACUUCCAGACGACGAUUCUGUCGCGUUUCGACAUGAUCUUCAUUGUCAAGGACGAGCACAACGAGCAGCGGGACCAGACGAUUGCACGGCACGUGAUGCAGGUGCAUGCAAACCGCAAGGCAGUGGAGGUGGAGGGCGGCGAGCUGAGCCUGGACACUAUGCGGCGAUACAUCGCCUAUUGCAAGGACAAGUGUGCCCCGCGGCUGUCGGAGGAGGCAGCCGAGAAGCUCAGCAGCUUCUUUGUGGCCAUGCGCGCGCAGCUGUGGAGUAUGGAGCGCGACUCGACCGAGCGCUCGGUGAUCCCGAUUACUGUGCGCCAGCUGGAGGCUGUGGUGCGUAUUACCGAGUCGCUGGCCAAGAUGACACUGGCGCCGGUGGCCGGCGUUGAGCACGUCGACGAGGCCAUCCGUCUGUUCCGCAUGUCCACCAUGGAUGCCGUGCAGAGCGGCCAGGGCGACGGCACCACGCGGUCUGAUCUGUCGGCCGAGAUGCGUCGUGUCGAGCAGGAGAUCCGCCGCCGCCUGCCCAUCGGCUCGCAGGUGUCGGUGCGUGCGAUCAAGGACGAUUUUGCCAAGCAGGGCUUCUCGACUCAUGCCUUCAAGAACCAGCGCAUGCUUAUCCAGCGCGUGGGUGCCUGA